AUGGCUAGGGUUUUUCAUUAUUUUAAUGUUGUAGCUGAUGAAUUCCUAGAAUAUGUGAUUGUUGCAGCCGGUAUGAGUACAUUGUGGCGGCUUCGUGGGAAAAUGCCAGAGUUUUAUGUUAUGUCAAGAUUUUUUUUUUACUUUUCUCUACUUCUUCUAUUCCCUUCUUCUUCCCCUCUUUUUUUAAGAUUUUGUUUGUAUUGCAUAGCUGUUGAGAAGAGGGUUGAUUUUAUGGACGUGGUGGCAAAGAAAUGGGUAGGCAGUCUCCGGUAUCUGGAAAUGGAGCUCAUCGAUAGAUUUGCCGUCAUUUUCUUUUCGUAA